UAAUUCGGAUAUUUUUGCGUUCGUUGUAACAAAUUCACUGCUUGUAUACAUGGCUUUUAUUACCGGUUUAAUUUUUAUAAGCUCCGAUAAAAAAUUAAAAUUUGCUAAAUUGGUUAAGUCAUGCGUUUGUUUACAACAAGUGAUAAGCCUUAUCAAUUGAAAUUAUGGGAAGUUUGACAUUUCUUUUACUAGUGUGAGUGUCACAGUUAUCUAACCUCCAAUUUUGUUGAGAUUGUACGAAAUAAGAUAUAACCAUGUCCUAUGACCUGAAACGAGAAGAGGAAGUAAAGGAAUACGUAGAGAACCUCGGUAUUGAGUAUCGAUUCGGAUGUUUUAAAGAAAAAAAGCCGGAAGUUUGCCACCUUCUAGCCGAUUACUUGGAAGCGAUCAAAAAGGAUUAUAAGAAAGCUUCAAAAGUGUAUAAAAGCAAUUGUGAUGAUUAUAACUACCCAAAAUCAUGUUUGAAGUACGGGAAUUACGCGUUAACCGGGCGGGGUAGAGAUAAUAUUGAUCAGAAUGAAGCGCUAAAAUAUUUCGAAAAAGGCUGUGAGUUGAAUGAACCUGUAUCUUGUCUGCAUGCUGGUGUCUUGCUUACAGCAACGGGACCUGCGACAACAAUUCCGAGAGACGUACCAAAGGGAUACAAUUACCUCAAGAAGAGCUGUGAUCAGAACGAUGACAAGGCUUGCCACUACUUAGCUGGCAUGUAUCUGAGUGGAGUACCUAAGAACCCUAAAGAAUAUAACCCACAUAACCCAGAAAAAAAUGCCAACCUUGACUACCUCAUCAGACCUGACAUGAAACAAGCAUUUCAAUUUGCAAAGAAAGGAUGUGAACUCGGCAAUAUUUAUGCCUGUGCGAAUGUCAGUUUGAUGUACAAAAAAGGUGAUGGUGUUGAAAAGAAUAUGGAUGAAUCAAAACGGUACUUUCAAAUAGCACAGACCCUCCAAAAAGCUCACGAGACUGCAAAAACAGUGCAGUUCCAACAAGGGCUCGAAACUAAAUAGCAGCUUAAUGAGAUUAAGGUUGACUUGCACUAGAAUUUAAUUGUGUUUAAAUUAAAUUUUCUAUUCCUGUCCUUUUUUGUCUUCUCUGAAUAAACUUGUCAAGAAGUGACAGUAUUACUUUUAUUAUUUAACUAAACCAAGUCAAGCAAUUUGGUGCAAGUGGACUUAAAUAUUUAAUAAUGUAAUAUAAAAUAUUGUGUUUGUGUGGAUUUCAUAAAUUAUAUUAUGUUGUAACUUGUACAUUGUUUAGAUCAAUAAAAGUAAUAGUAUUAA